CACUUGUCCCAACCCGCAAACAUUGGGGGCGCUGUGUUAAAAUAACGGUGUACUGAAAAAAAAAAUAAACCACUUGACGUUUUACAACUAUGGAGGGCGCUAAUGCAAUGAAAUUCAAGAUGGCGCUGCCCGUGGCCCAAAGUUUUGCUCACCGUAUUUCCGUUUAUUCAAAGCUCGCUAAACCGAGCCAAGGUGUAACAAUUACUAGAUUGUAUUGCCAAAGAGCUACCAAAAAGGGCAUUCAGAGAAGAAUAUUUUCAGGCAUCCAACCAACUGGUAUCCCACAUCUCGGUAACUACUUCGGAGCGCUGCAAAACUGGGUCAAACUGCAGAACGACACGGACAACAGUGUGGUGUUCAGCAUAGUUGAUUUGCACGCUGUUACCUUACCACAAGACCCCGAUGUACUGAGGCAGAGCAUACGAGAUUGUGUGGCUGUGCUGCUGGCCUGCGGGAUUGACCCCGAGAAAAGCAUACUGUUUCAACAGUCUAGUGUACAUCAACAUGCUGAGCUUGCUUGGAUCUUGGGAUGCAAAACCACAUUAGCCAGACUUGGACAAUUCCCACAGUGGAAGUCCAAAGCUGGUGGCGACAAGAAGAAAGAAUGUGUUGGGCUCUACACCUACCCAGUCCUGCAGAGUGCUGAUAUUCUCCUGUAUAAGGCAACUCAUGUUCCAGUCGGGGAGGACCAGUUGCCACAUCUGGAGCUAGCCCAGAACCUGGCCAGGAUAUUCAACAAUAACUAUGGCGCGUUCUUCCCCAUCCCUAAGGCUAUUACUGGUGAGGUGAGCAGAGUGAAGAGCUUACGAAAUCCCAGCGCCAAAAUGAGCAAGUCGGAACCGGAUCCGAAAAGCCGCAUCGAGCUGACAGACUCCUGCGAAGACAUCCAAGAGAAGUUCAAGAAAGCCGUCACUGAUUUCACUGGGAGUGUGACCUUUGACCCCGAGAAUCGACCGGGGGUCUCCAACCUUGUGGCCAUCCACGUGGCAAUUGAAGACUCGUCACCGGAGGAAAUUUGCGAACGGGUCAUGGGAGUGCAGACUGGGGAGUACAAAGUCAUGUUGGCCGAGGCCGUGAACGCAAAACUGGCGCCGAUACGAGAGAGGAUAUUUGAAUUGAGGAGAAACACAGAGUACAUUGAGGAUGUGCUGAGGACAGGAGCUGAGAGGGCCAGUGAGAUUGCAGAGAGGACUUACAACGAUGUUAAGAAACUUGUAGGACUUAUAUGACAAUACGUGAAACUUGGAGUUCGGAAAAUCAAAAGAAAAUGAAUGAAAUUAUUUUUUACUUUUAAAGUUCUAUAUAGGGUGAUCCAACAAAAAGUUUACACUUUUUUUAGAGGCAGAUACAUGUUGAAAUUGUUUUAAGACAUUCCUUAACUACAAGAUAUUGGUGGUAUAUGGUAAACACGGCAUAGAAAGUAAAGCUCAAAGUAAGAAAGAGCGGCCAUUUACAGAAGAAUGGUCAAAAACCAAUUUGUCCACAUCCAUGGCAGUCGUGUAGACCAAUUUACAAAUAUUGCAGUUAUUUGUGUGCGCAGUGCUUUUGUGUUGCCAAUAUCUCAUAGACUUGCGUGUGGAUAAACUGGUUUUUGACCAUCCUUCUUUAAACCAUUACCGUUUCUUAAUUUAGGCUUUAUUUUCAAUGCCGUUUUCACCAUAUACAACAAAGAUGCUUUAGCUUAGGAAUAUCUUCAGACAAUUUUAACAUGUCUCCCCAAUUCCAAGAAAUCUGCAUCUGAAAAAGUGUAAAUUUUUUUGACCACCCUGUAGACCAUUCGGAGCCCGCUAUCACCAUACAUUCAUGCAUAGGAGUAACAGCAAGGAUAGUUUGUGUAUGUACAGGGAUUAAUGGAAUAAAAGCGGGAAAAUUCUUUUCAACUGCAACAAAAUUUCUCUGAAGAAAAACUCUGUACUUACACUUUUUCAAUUUUCUUUUGCCCAGUAAAUUGUGUUUAAAACUUUUACUCCUAAAAGUGUGAAAGCGUUUUAUAUUUCAAUUUAUGGUUUGCAAUGAGGACUUCAUUAAUUUGACGACUCCUAAUUAGGCC